AUGCCACAAAACGAUUAUAUUGAGCAACAUAUCAAGAAGCAUGGUAAAAGAUUAGAUUUUGAUGAAAGAAAGAGAAAGAGAGAGGCUAGAGAAUCACACCGAAUUGCAAAGGAUGCACAAUCGUUAAAGGGUUGGAAGGGUAAACAAUUUGCUAAGAAACGUUAUGCAGAGAAGGUUGCAAUGAAGAAGAAGAUCAAGGCGCAUGAGGAGAGUAAAUUGAAGGGACCUAGUAAACCAAAGGAGGAUGAUGGUGAAGCAUUACCAACGUAUUUGUUAGACAGACAGCAACAGAACACUGCCAAGGCAAUAUCAUCGUCUAUCAAACAGAAGAGGAUGGAAAAGGCUGAUAAAUACUCUGUCCCAUUACCUAAAGUUAGAGGUAUCUCGGAGGAGGAGAUGUUCAAAGUGCUCAAGACAGGUAAGCAAAAAAAUAAAUCCUGGAAAAGAAUGAUUACAAAGCAUACUUUUGUUGGAGAAGGAUUUACUAGAAGACCUGUCAAGAUGGAAAGAAUUAUCAGACCUUCUGCAUUAAGACAAAAGAAGGCCAAUGUUGUUCAUCCAGAAUUAGGUGUGACAGUCCUAUUGCCUAUAUUGGCAGUCAAAAAGAACCCACAGUCUCCAAUGUACACACAAAUGGGUGUUUUAACUAAGGGUACAAUCAUUGAAGUCAACGUCUCUGAACUUGGUUUGGUUACUGCUGGUGGUAAGGUAGUUUGGGGUAAAUAUGCACAAAUUACAAAUGAACCUGAUAGAGAUGGUGUUGUCAAUGCAGUUUUAUUAGUGUAA